UGGGGGCAAAAACCAGGAGCUAGCAAUCAAUACCAUAAACAGCUGUCUAGCUUUCCCUCACCACUCACUCCCUAUAAUUGCUUUUGUUUCUUCUAUUUUUUUGUUUUUUCCUUAUUUUUAAACAUGGUAAUAAAGGAAAGAGGGCUUUCUUCGUCCAUGAACGCCAAAAUCAUAGGCUCAGGCAGCGAAACCAUAAUCCUGGCUCAUGGUUUUGGUACAGACCAGUCAAUCUGGGAGAAAAUUGUUCCUGACCUGGCUCAGCAUUUCAAUGUUUUUCUUUUUGACUGGUUGUUUUCUGGGGCCGUUAAUGACCAAAACCUUUACGAUCCAAGCAAGUACACUUCCUAUGAACAUUUUGCCGAUGAUUUGAUUGAUCUCUUGGAUGAGUUUAACUUGAAAUCUGUAAUUUUCCUCGGCCAUUCCAUGUCUGGUAUGAUUGGAUGCAUUGCUUCUGUUAAGAGACCUCAACUCUUUAAGCAGCUUAUACUAGUUGGAGCUUCUCCCAGGUUUAUGAACACAGAUGAUUAUGAAGGUGGGUUUGAGGAGUCACAGAUUAAAAAUAUACUAUCAGACAUAGAAACCAACUAUAAUGAUUGGGCAUCAAACUUUUCUUCACUUGUUGUGGACGCAAAUGAUCCUGCUUCAGUUGAUAAAGUUAAAGAUUGCUUUUUGAAGAUGAGACAUGAAGUUGCAAUUCCAUUGGCCAAGAUCGUUUUUUACAGCGACGAACGAGAAAUUCUCAAUAAGGUUGAGACCCCAUGCACUAUCAUCCAGAGCAGCAGUGAUAUUGUUGUUCCAAACACAGUUGCUUUCUACAUGCAGAAGAAUAUCAAGGCCAAAUCAACGGUGGAGAUUAUCGACGCCGAUGGCCAUUUCCCACAGUUAACUGCUCAGCUUCAGCUUCUUGAUGCGCUCAAAGUCACCUUAGGCGUUUGGUCUUAAAGUUUAUAAUAUGGGCAUCGAUAGCAUAAUUGCUUAAAUAUUUGUGUUAAUUAGUUGUUUCGCUAGUUUUCUUUUUUUGAUUAAUUUUAAUGUUUGGUGUUUGUUUUGAUUUGGUGUUUGGGAUGUUUGUUUAUAACGGGAAUGAAGGUCCGAGAUAUGGUUCUUUUGGAUGUUUGUUGUGCUUUCCCAACUCGGUUUAUGGGAUAAAUACAUAGGAAAAUGAUGCAUUCUAGACUGUUUUGUGCAAUAUUUAUACAUACGUACUUCUGAUUCUGGGUCUUUCAUUA